AUGUCAACUGAAAUAAAUCAUAAUGGUACUGAUGUUACUGAUCGUAUAGCACUUAGUCGUGCUCAACAUCUUAAAUCUCGUACUAAUCGACCUCGAUCUAUUUCCGAUGAUGAAACUGAUGCUAUAUCAGAUUGGUCUGAAUCAGAUCUUGAAUGUAGUCCAGUAAGUGAUAUUGAUUCAACAUCAAAUAAUGAUGAAAUUACUGAUUAUCAUUAUCAUAAUAUACCAUUUGAUGACGAUGGCGGUCCAAUUGAUGAAAGAUUACCAAGAGAACCAAUAUUACUUGAAAAUAUUUUACGUUUAAAUGAAACUCCUUUACCAGUAAUCAAUGGUAGUCCAACAAAUUCACGUACAUCAUUCUCAUGUGAAGUAGGCAAACCUAAACAACAAGAACAACAACAAUCAUCAAAUGUGAAUAUUGAAAAAUCACCGAUACAAACUCGAAAACAACUACAAACACCAUUAUUACCUGCUCGACGUAUACAAAGUAAACAAGUAUCACCACGUCAAUCAACAGCAAAUUCUCAUGUAUUACCUCAAACACCAAAUCUUUCCUAUAAUCGUAAAACAAUAACAGCAAAUUCUUCGCGACUUUAUUUACGUCGUGGAACAACAUCAACAAAUAUUAGUUCAAAUACUCAAUCGACUAAAGAAUCGACAUUAUCAUCAAGUAGUUCACUUCAUAGUAAUGAUGAUAAUCAUAGUCAUCAACGACAUAUAUCAACAUCACCAAUUUCAAGUCAAACAUCAACAUCACAUGGUGUUUUAUCUCGUAUAUAUGAAGUUAAAAAAGUCUAUGUUGAUGGUUACGAUUAUGGUCGUUUAAGUGAUGUAUCAGCCGUAAAAACAAUUCCACCACGUAGUCGACAAAAAUGGGGUACUAUUGUUCAUCCACCAUUUCCAUUAGGAUAUCAACAAAUAACUUCCGAACAAUUAACACAUGCUGUUGAACGUCUUGCAAGUCCUGUUCGAUGUCGUGAUAGACAUACACCUGUACAAUCAUCAUCAAAACGUUAUUUAUCUGUUGAAGAAACUGAAGCAUUAAUAAAUCGAUUAACUAAAGUAAAACCAAUUCGAUCAACGGAUCAAUAUUGGCCAAUCCAGCAUCAAUCUCGUCCUGUAAAAAAUAUAAGUAAUGCAUUAAAAACAAAUAAUAAUUGGAAAGGUGUAGGCAUAUCGGCUUGA